UUCUCCCUAGAAAAGUGGUAACAGCUGAUGAGUAUCAAGAAAUUAUUUUCUGCAAAGGGGCAGAGUUAAUUGUAUUUGGAACCCAUGACAGCACCUACUGGGGAAAGACUUCUAAGUGAGGAGAAACGGCUCUACAGAUUCAGGAUGACUUCAGAGGUGGAAAAAUUAACCUAGAAAAAACUCAGAGGUUACUUGAAAAAUUAGAUAUUCGGUGCAGUUAUAUUCAUGUGAAACAGAUUUUUAAGGGCAGAGAUAUCUGAAGUGAAAUUUAGUAAAAUACAUGUCAUAUUUAAAAGCAUUACAUAGAAUGCUCGACCAUUAUCAAAGUACGGAAAUGGCUCACUAAUUGAAAUGUAUGAUUACGGACAUGAGCAGGCCUGAAGAUCUAUUGUUUAGCAAAGCGUUUUUGGAGUGGCUAUGAAUAUAAUAUUAAUUAUGAAAAUUAGAGACACAGAGUUUGCUAAGAAUACUUCAAAAACCUCCCUAAAAUAACUUCAUUUUUUUAGUAGGACAAUGACAGGCUGAAACAAGGAAGAAUCACCAUAGAAGAAUUUAGAGCAAUUUAUCGAAUUAUCACGCACAGAGAAGAAAUUAUUGAGAUUUUCAACACAUAUUCUGAAAACCGGAAAAUUCUUUUAGAAAGUAAUCUGGCUCAAUUUCUGACACAAGAACAAUAUGCAGCUGAGAUGAGUAAAGCUAUUGCUUUUGAGAUCAUUCAGAAAUACGAGCCUAUCGAAGAAGUUAGGAAAGCACACCAAAUGUCAUUAGAAGGUUUUACAAGAUACAUGGAUUCACGUGAAUGUCUACUGUUUAAAAAUGAAUGUAGAAAAGUUUAUCAAGAUAUGACUCAUCCAUUAAAUGAUUAUUUUAUUUCAUCUUCACAUAACACGUAUUUGGUAUCUGAUCAAUUAGUGGGACCAAGUGACCUUUGGGGAUAUGUAAGUGCCCUUGUGAAAGGAUGCCGUUGUUUGGAGAUUGACUGCUGGGAUGGAGCACAAAAUGAACCUGUUGUAUAUCAUGGCUACACACUCACAAGCAAACUUCUGUUUAAAACUGUUAUCCAAGCUAUACACAAGUAUGCAUUCAUGACAUCUGACUACCCAGUGGUGCUCUCUUUAGAAAAUCACUGCUCCACUGCCCAACAAGAAGUAAUGGCAGACAAUUUGCAGGCUACUUUUGGAGAGUCCUUGCUUUCUGAUAUGCUUGAUGAUUUUCCUGAUACUCUACCAUCACCAGAGGCACUAAAAUUCAAAAUAUUAGUUAAAAAUAAGAAAAUAGGAACCUUAAAGGAAACCCGUGAAAGAAAAGGUUCUGAUAAGCGUGGUAAGGUGGAGGAAUGGGAAGAAGAAGUGGCAGAUGUAGACGAGGAGGAGGAGGAGGAGGAGGAGGAUACAUUCAAAGAAUCAGAAGUAUUGGAAUCUGUUUUAGGAGACAAUCAAGACAAGGAAACAGGGGUAAAAAAGUUACCUGGAGUAAUGCUUUUCAAGAAAAAGAAGACCAGGAAGCUAAAAAUUGCUCUGGCCUUAUCUGAUCUUGUCAUUUAUACGAAAGCUGAGAAGUUCAAAAGCUUUCAACAUUCAAGAUUAUAUCAGCAAUUUAAUGAAAAUAAUUCUAUUGGGGAGACACAAGCCCGAAAACUUUCAAAAUUGCGAGUCCAUGAGUUUAUUUUUCACACCAGGAAGUUCAUUACCAGAAUAUAUCCCAAAGCAACAAGAGCAGACUCUUCUAAUUUUAAUCCCCAAGAAUUUUGGAAUAUAGGUUGUCAAAUGGUGGCUUUAAAUUUUCAGACCCCUGGUUUGCCUAUGGAUCUGCAAAAUGGGAAAUUUUUGGAUAAUGGUGGUUCUGGAUAUAUUUUGAAACCACAUUUCUUAAGAGAGAGUAAAUCAUACUUUAACCCAAGUAACAUAAAAGAGGGUAUGCCAAUUACACUUACAAUAAGGCUCAUCAGUGGUAUCCAGUUGCCUCUUACUCAUUCAUCAUCUAACAAAGGUGAUUCAUUAGUAAUUAUAGAAGUUUUUGGUGUUCCCAAUGAUCAAAUGAAGCAGCAGACUCGUGUAAUUAAAAAAAAUGCUUUUAGUCCAAGAUGGAAUGAAACAUUCACAUUUAUUAUUCAUGUCCCAGAAUUGGCAUUGAUACGUUUUGUUGUUGAAAGUCAAGGUUUAAUAGCAGGAAAUGAAUUUCUUGGGCAAUAUACUUUGCCACUUCUAUGCAUGAACAAAGGUUAUCGUCGUGUUCCUCUGUUUUCCAGAAUGGGUGAGAGCCUUGAGCCUGCUUCACUGUUUGUUUAUGUUUGGUACAUCAGAUAACAGCUAAUGAUAAAUGACGUAUCAUUAGCUAUGCAUCGCAAUAAAACAGCCAAAAUGAA